AUGGAGCUGGAAGACGGAGUUGUGUACCAGGACGACCCGGGGACAUCAGCGAUGAUGUCUGAGCGGGUAUCGGGCCUGGCUAACUCCAUUUACCGCGAAUUUGAGAGGCUCAUCGGGAAAUAUGACGAGGACGUGGUGAAGGAGCUCAUGCCACUGGUGGUGGCCGUCUUGGAGAACCUCGACUCGGUGUUCGCAGAGAACCAGGAGCACGAAGUGGAGCUGGAGCUUCUAAAGGAGGACAACGAGCAGCUCAUCACACAGUAUGAGCGGGAGAAAGCACUGAGGAAACACGCAGAGGAGAAGUUUAUUGAGUUUGAGGACACGCAUGAACAGGAGAAGAAGGACCUACAGAACCAUGUGGAUAGAAUGGAGUCACACUCGCGGCAACUUGAACUCAAGAUCAAGAAUCACGCUGACCAGAUCGGCAGGUUAGAAGAGCGAGAGGUGGACCUCAAGAAGGAAUACAACUCCCUCCAUCAGAGGCACACAGAGAUGAUCCAUAAUUACAUGGAGCACGUAGAGCGGAUCAAAAUGCAGCAGAGUUGUGAAUCAUCUGAGCCAAGCAGCGUCAGUCGAGUUCGGAGAGAACGUCCUCUUUCUUUGGGCAUAUUUCCAACAUCCGCUGGUGGGUCUCUGCUAAUUCCGGACUCCCAGACCCGUGCAGAGACACCAAGUGCAGAGAGCUGGCGGUUCUCCGACACGACACAAACUCGGUCCAACACUAGCCUCCAGCAGGACUUUGCCAACCCCCCAAGGGAAAGGGGGGUUAAGAGUGCGCAAGACUCUACUUGGGGGAUUUCACUGGCUGACGACUGCAAGGAUGAGAUGUCGGACUUCACUGGCUCUAAGUCGGGGACACCAAUGUCCACUACAGCUUCUGAUGUUGGGAGGGAAGAUAAGAGCACAGAAGUGCAAGCUGCACCAGGGACCAGAUCUGUAUCAGUUGGUUUGCCUGAUAAUGAAGACAGCGCUGACGUGCAGGACAUUAUUGAGUCCACACCUGAGCUAGACAUGGAUCUGACUGGCUACAAGGGAUGCAGUACUCCAACCAAAGGCAUUGAGAAUAUGGCAUUUGACCGCAACACAGACUCUUUGUUUGAAGAGCUGUCGUCUGCAGGCACAGGGCUUAUCGGGGAUGUGGAUGAAGGUGCUGACCUGCUGGUGGAGUACUCCGACCUUAGUUUGAUUGGUAUGGGUCGGGAAGUGGAAAAUCUCAUCCAGGAGAAUUCUCAACUGCUUGAGAGAAAGAAUGCCCUGAACGUAGUGAACAAAGACUUGAUAUUGAAAGUGGAUGAGCUGACGUGUGAGAAGGAGAUGCUUCAGGGUGAGCUAGAAGCUGUUCAGCAGGCUAAAUCAAAGAUGGAGGACAAAAACCGAGAAUUGGAGGAGGAACUCAAAAAAGUGCGAAUUGAGCUGGAGGAGGUUCUUCAGAAAGCAAAAGAAGAAGAAGAUAGUGAUGUACCUACAGCCCAGAGGAAACGAUUCACCAGGGUGGAAAUGGCAAGGGUGUUGAUGGAAAGGAACCAGUACAAAGAGAGACUGAUGGAGCUACAGGAAGCUGUGCGGUGGACAGAAAUGAUCCGGGCGUCAAGGGAAAAUCCAGCUCUUACAGAGAAAAAGAAGUCCAGCAUCUGGCAGUUCUUCAGCAGACUUUUCAGCUCCUCAUCCAGCACCCCUGCCAUUAAGAAGAUUGAGCCACAGUCCAACGUAAAAUACAAUGCUCCGGGCAGCAUGGUGAAACGAAGCAGCACGUUCUCCCAGUUCCCGACAGAAAAAUCCAAAACUUUCGACUUCCUCAAUGAAGAAAAAGACCAAUGCAGUUCACCGUCACGCAAAGAGCAGAAGCGAGCCCAAUACAGACAGGUGAAAGCGCACAUGCAGAAGGAGGACGGUCGAGUCACUGCUCACGGCUGGAGUCUUCCCAGCAAGUUCAAGGGGACAAAUGGUGGACACGCAGAAAACAAAAUUAACCUGCCUGUGCCUGUGUAUUUAAGACCUUUGGAACAAAAAGAUGCUUCUUUGAAGUUGUGGUGUGCUGCUGGCGUUAACCUCUCCGGGGGUAAAAUGUCACACCUGUCUGAGCUCGCAAAGCAAAUGAAGGGAUCUCAGGGUAGCCUGGACCAUUUGGAGCAAGAAAGCAAGGUCUGUGAUCAAGAGAAAAUUGACGAGCUGGUCCUUCAGGAUGAAUUCUCCAGUCGAGUGUGGGUGUGCACCAGCACCCACUCAUCUACCAAAGUCUUGGUGGUGGAUGCUGCUCAACCGGCAGACCUUGUUGACAGCUUCUAUGCCUGCAACACGCACGUCGUUUGCAUUGCCAGUGUGCCAGGUGUGUCGGAGUCCGAUUACCCAGCAGGGGAAGAAUUACCUCAAGAUGUGGAUGCAAAUCAGGGUGACGUGGUCUCACUGGCUGGUAGCGUGGCUAGUGUAGGUUCAGCAGGCAGCGACGGCACCCUGGCACCUGAGGGGACCACUGCCAUCCCUCAGACAGCCAGCACAGGUGGUCUUGACCAGCCGGCGGAGCACAGCGCCAUCCCGGGCUCAGCUGAGCUGUCCAGACAGGCAAGCCCAGCAGAGGUUCCUACUGCCGAAGAGGCUACAGAAGCAACAGAGGCAAAUGCUGGCGAGAGUGAAGAGGGAGAGGAGGACCAGGGACCUGAGCAAAAUCAGCCCGGCAUCUACACAGAGCAUGUUUUCACGGACCCGCUGGGUGUGGGGCCCAAUGAGUCCUCUCCUACUUAUGUACAAAGCGGCUCUGUGACAUCCUUGCCAGAAGACUCUGACCCUUCAGUUCUUGAAGUCAAGAGGAUGAGCAGUGCCCUACCCACCAUGUGGCUGGGAGCGCAGAAUGGAUGUUUGUAUGUCCACUCCUCAGUUGCUCGAUGGCGGAAAUGCCUUCAUGCCAUCAAGCUGAAAGACUCCAUCCUCAGCAUAGUGCAUGUUAAAGGCAGAGUCCUGGUUGCACUAGCGGAUGGAACAUUAGCCAUUUUCCACAGAGGCAUUGAGGGGCAGUGGGACCUUACUAAUUACCACCUGUUGGAUCUUGGACGGCCCCACCACUCAAUCCGCUGCAUGACCGUGGUCCAUGAUAAAGUGUGGUGCGGCUACAGGAAUAAGAUCUAUGUCAUCCAGCCUAAAGCCAUGAGGAUAGAGAAGUCGUUUGACGCGCACCCGCGCAAGGAGAGUCAGGUUCGACAGCUGGCCUGGGUUGGAGAUGGCAUCUGGGUUUCUAUCCGACUGGAUUCCACACUUCGAUUGUUUCAUGCCCACACUUUCCAGCAUCUCCAGGAUGUGGACAUUGAGCCAUAUGUCAGCAAGAUGCUCGGAACGGGUAAACUGGGUUUCUCUUUUGUGAGAAUCACAGCUUUGGUGGUGUCUUGCAGCCGUCUCUGGGUUGGGACUGGAAAUGGCGUCAUAAUUUCCAUCCCACUGUCUGAAGCCAACAAGACAUCAGCAACGGUGCCAAAUUGGCCUGGCAGCGCCGUACGAGUUUAUAGUGACGACACCGCAGAGGGUGCUCUACCAGCUAGCUUUGUGCCAUACUGCUCCAUGGCCCACGCCCAGCUCUGUUUCCAUGGCCAUCGAGAUGCAGUCAAAUUUUUUGUCACAGUGCCAGGUCAGGCAAUGCCACCUCCCGGAUGUGCUGAUUCAGGCUCUGAUGACCCACCGUCUGAAUCUUCGGACACAGCAGUGUCGGAGCCCAAAACAUACCUAGUAAUGAGUGGAGGAGAGGGGUACAUUGACUUCAGAAUGGGUGACGAGAGCGGCGAGUUGGACGGCACGUCUGAGCCGACGUCAGGCCAGCAGUCGGCGCCGACCAAGGCUGAACGGAGUCACCUUAUCGUCUGGCAGGUGGCGACCUCUCAAGAUUGA